AUGGUGGCACGACCCCGCACCCCGGCCGCCCCCGCGCUCCUCUGCCUCGCUCCGGCGGCGCCCCCGCUCCGCUGCCGGCCACCCGAGCCUGGCCGGGUACAACCCCGCGCCUCUGCUCGCCGCGGACGCCUAUCUCCCCGCGGGACCGCCAGCCGGCCCCGCACCUCCGCAGCCGACUCCCCUGCGCGCCGGGUCGCCGCAGCCGCCUCCCUCCUCGCGGGACCGCCAGCCGGCUCCGCACCCCCGCAGCCGACUCCCCUGCGCGCCGGGUCGCCGCGGCCGCCUCCCUCCCCGCGGGACCGCCAGCCGGCUCCGCACCUCCGCGGCCGACUCCCCUGCGCGCCGGGUCGCCGCGGCCGCCUUCCUCCCUGCGGGACCGCCAGCCGGCUCCGCACCUCCGCGGCCGACUCCCCUGCGCUCCCGCGCCCCUCUGGCCAGCUCCACCUCGCGCGCCCAGCCGUGUGCCGCCUGCUGUGCCCAGUCUCCAGCUCGCCGCACCCGGACACGGCCGCGGCCGCCCGCGUCGGCUCCGUACGGCUUGCCCCUGCCAGCUCCGCCUUGGCCGGGUGCUCGAGAAGAAACAGAGGGCCGGCUUGUGCAAAAGGAAAGGGAGAGGCCGGCCGCCGGCUCUGA